CGUCACUCAAAAUUUUGAAUGACAACCAACCAUGGUUCAAGCCGCAGGAUAACCACAACUUUAUUUAGACCUCCCUGAUGACACAUCGCUCAGCCACACGCUCUGGAUUUGCUACUUAAUAGAAACAUCCUCUGAAUCUCGAUGUAUUCAUUUAUGGAAUGUGUUGCCCAAGUACUGCAUAUUUGACGUUUUCUUUACUAGUAUUAACCGUUCUUAUCUCCAUUAUUUCGAAAACGGCAUAACUGGGAAUUUCGUCUGCGCCAACUCAGCUUACCGCCGGGUUCGGCCUUUCCUUGUCCUGGGUUGUCAGUGUGAUAGAGACCUCGUGGAUUUUACAUUUCAAAACAAGAGUGGUUUUCUCUUUCGUCUGUCGCCUUUUCACUUGUCUUCUUCAGAACGUGAGGAUACUGUUGAUUUGUACUGUGCCUGAACAAUAUCUUUUAGACGCAACACAACCCAAGGUGCUAACAUCCCGGCUAUCUCACAAUACCACCCAGACAUCGCGCUGGAGACUACACGGCAGUAUCGGGUUAAGUCUAUGCCCUUGGCUCUUUCCUGAACUUUUUUAAAUGGCUUUCUUCUGCUGCAGAGGGGCCGAUAAGGAUGAACGUGCGGCUCCAAGCCGGCCUAUAGAGAAUAGUAGCAGUCAAGCUAGCAAACAACAGCCGAGCAAAUGUCCACCACCAAUGUCUUUUCCACCUAGCAUACAACAGGCUACUCCAAAUCUAUCAGCUCUGUCUACGGGCGAUGAAAAGCAGCGUGUUUUCGGUCCUAAUGAGGCCAUCGUUGCUGGGCCUAGCACCAUCCCGGAGAUUUCUGAAGGAGCGACCCAUCAAAAGUCAGAGCCGCUCAUAGUAUCCAGAAGUACUGGGGCAACAACUGCUACCGCAGGACCUCCCCCAGGGUAUCAAGACAGAGCAAAUAAUAAAAACACCAAAGCCCCGCAAGGCAAUCCACCUCCUUACCACAACUGGGAAGAAGCUGUGCCAGAUACAGCUGUGUUUCCUCCACCCCCAAUUGGAGGCUACCUCUAUUCCAAUACAGGGAACGCAUCAGAAGAAGAUGCCGAUCGAGCUCAUGACUUCUGUGAUAACACCCCGUUGUGGACACCAUACACACCAUCAGACGCUGUCUAUAAUUCCGUUCAAAACUUUGAUCUUCGACCUGUUCGGCCUGAAGAGUACAACGGGAGCCUAGAGGUUGUCAAUAAGGGAAUGUGGAGAGGACGCACUCAGGACCAGAAUGGAGACUGUAUUCUGUUAACGGGUUUACCAGUAUACUUUCCUGCAAAGGACUCGCCCCUAGUCACAGAAAGACCGAAGACGAUAUACUUCGAAGCAAAACUCCUUGCCCAGCACAGCGGAAUCAAUGGCCAAACUAGCGGGUUUGCCAUCGGGUUUGCGGCUCAACCCUAUCCGACAUGGAGAUCACCCGGCUGGGAACGAGGCAGCGUGGGUGUUUUCUCCGACGAUGGGUGCAGAUUUGUGAACGAUUCAUGGGGCGGGAUGGAGUUCACCAGCCCAUUCAAGGUUGGGGAAACAAUUGGUUUAGGAAUGAAAUUCCCAUUGCCAUCUCCAGAGUCGUUCGUACAGUCCCAAGCCACUGGCGCAUCACCAACUCUUCCAGUGGAAAUAUUCUUCACCCGGGAUGGAAAGAUUGUAGGGAGCUGGGAUCUACAUGAGGAGGUUGAUGAGGAUACUGGUGGUGUUGAGGGUCUAGAGGGUGAUUUUGAUCUGUAUGGCGCGCUUGGGUUGUUCGGGGGCGUCGAGUUUGAGGUCUGUUUCAAUAGUUCUGGAUGGUUGUGGGUUCCUCCUACUACUAUGUAGUUGUAUAUCUUGCGUUCUUCGUUUGUCGUUUCGUUUGGCUUCUUUGAGUGUUCCAAUACCAAUGGUGAAAUUUGUUCAAUACAUAAGGGCACAUACAUAGGUAUCUCUGUUUCUUUCAAUGUCAACAUUACCAACUGUUUUGAAACAAGGGUAGCAGCUGCGGUCCUUUGUUGGGGAGAAAAUAAUCCAUGUAGUUGCAUUUGAUACCGUAUCGGGUAAUUCGAAAGAAUCAUAAUUUAGUGAGUAGUAGCAAGUGUUGAGUUGAUUGAUUACAUUAUAUACAAAGUCAUGAGUUUGACAUACAAGCCUGUGAAGAUAAUGCAUCCGCGUGUGCAGCAUGAACUUCAAAGUCAAUUGAUCUUCUCAAGGUGAAUGCAACUGAUUUUGCAAAGUGCUGACUGUAAGCAAAGGUCUCAGUCUGAUAACAAAAACCAGCUCACUUUUCAGGAGCAAAUACUGUCAAAGGUAUGAAAGUAUUUCAGUUCAUUAAUUAGCAAAUCUUCUCAAGAUACUCAUACUUCCCUGCCCUACUUUCUUCAAGAG